AUGGAAUCCGCCGGCGUGCCUCAGCUGUCACUCAAAAUCGAGCUAGAGGACGCGAAGCGCAUCAUUACCCAGCUGCAAGCCGAUCUCGCCAGCAAGGAGAAGCAGCUCAGCGACACACGCAAAUUCAACCUUGAGCAGUUGAUCAAACACCGCGAAGCUGAAAAAGCGCUUCGAGUGCACCACACUGCGCCGCCUCUCGAAGACAACAGCGAAGACCAAGCCAUCGCAUCGUCUACCAGUCUCACCACCACCCACAGGCCAACAAAGCAUGGCUGCCCCGGUGCUCAACGUUCUGGACUCCCUAUAUCGCCACAUCAUCUUCCAGCAGGCCCUGCUCAUCGUGGCGCUGCAAGAUUGGGUCCAUCUGCACUCUCAUCGGGCCGGACAAGACCUUCGAGACAACCUAUGAUGGGAUCUGGACGCCGCGAGGAUCUGGAUCCACCCCCCUCGAGAACUACUUUCCGAUCGCCGUGGGAAGCUCUCAAUGCCCUGGAUGACGGUGCGGAAGUACAUGUAGAGAAGGAUCGAGAGCAGGAGGAGGACUGA